UGUGCAUGCCAAUCUUAGUGUCACGACGCCGAACACCGAAAGAGGAGAAGUCAACAUUUUGUGAUUGUGGUGACUGUUUUUGUCGGCAAACAAACGUCCAGCAGGGGCGAACAGGCAUUCAGGAGACAUGCUGGCCAUUCUGUCCACGCUUCUGGUGGUGUUGGGAGCUGCAUCUGCAGAGUACUGCAGCAGUUACACAGACGCGUUCGGGGACUACAAGUCUGGGUUCAGCUGCCCCAGGAACUCUCUCUUCAGCUUCAACAAUGAUGACAACGAUGACAUCUACUGCUGCGGUACCAGUACCUACAAGUACUGCUGCAGCUGGAGAGCUGGGAGCUUCAACAUUGGAUCUGUGAUGGGCGGGCUGUUUGCAGUGUUUGUGCUGGUUGUCAUAGUUACCAUCAUCUCCUGCUACAUGUGUAGCUGCUGUGUUAUCUACAAGCGACGUCAGGCAAACCGCGCCCAUGUCAUCACUACCACCGGUGGAGCUCCAGUCGUGAUGACGACUACACAUUCAACAACAACCUAUCCACAACCAGGACCACAACCCUACCCUGGGGCACAACCCUACCCCCAGGGGCAACAACCCUACCCCCAGGGACCCCAGCCCUACCCACAGGGACCCCAGCCCUACCCACAGGCUCCACAACCCUACCCACAGGCACCGCAGCCCUACCCUGGUGCACAGCCGUACCCUGGGGCCCAGCCCUACCCUCCCCAGCCCUACCCAGGGGCCCAGCCCUACCCUGGAGCCCCAGGGUCAGAGGCACCCCCACCCUAUGCCACAGCCACGAGCUACCCAUCGGGGAAGGACCCAGCCUACCCACCACCCGCCCCUCUACCUUACUGAGCUGGGAGAGAAAAGAGCUUGUCGUAUCCAGAACUGUGUUUUAUCCAUAACAAUG